AUGGCCGCGAUUGUCGAUCACAGCCCGCAGUCUCACUCCCCGCCUGGCCCAAACAGUGUGCGGCCCAGAGGCAUUUUGAAGAACAGCUUCCAGAAUUCUCCUCCCACCUCUCCGACUCCCGAGCAAACCGAUAAAGAGGUUACCAUCGCGAAUACGCAGUUCAACGCCGGCCACCGCCGCUCCUCCUCGGCCGCACGCCUCGGCGGCGGCUCCAGGCGAUCUUCAAGCCACGCUGUUUCCGUCUCCGGCGGUGACGAGCAGGAGGAUCCCUCACAGGACUCCCAGCGCCUCAAGUGGGACGAGGCCAAUCUCUACCUCACCGAGCAGGAGCGCUCGUCGACCAUGAAGAUUACGGAACCAAAGACACCCUAUGCCAAGCACUACGACCCCUCCGAGGACCCCUCGGACGAAGACGAGAUCAUGGAAGGUGCUGGUCCUGGUCUCGACGCUGCGUCUGGCUCUGUUCGCCGCAAGACUCACCGUCGUCCUGCCGGCGAAGAUGACAUUCCGGACAUGUCGCUGGGCGAGCCGGAGGAGGCGGUCCCGGAAAGCGAGUCGAGCAAAGAAAAACAGCUCAAGGUUCACGUGGACGAGAACAGCGACAGCGGCGGCCACGGAGAAGACGAGCUGGCGGGCCUCUCGCCCGAAGAGAGGGAGAAGCACCGCCGCUUCGAGGCUCUGCGGAAGAAGCACUACGAAAUGAAGGAUGUUGCCCACUUGCUGGGUCACCCCGAGGAGACCAUCGAGGACGACGAGGAGGUCCCCUCGCUGCCCCGCCAGGAUCACGCCAUGAACGGCCAGGCAUGA